AUGGAUUUAGGUAACGAAAAUUUAGAUUUUAUCAAGUUAAUAAAUAUUAAAGGUAAUGUUGAUAAUAUAACACCGCACAAAAUAGCUGUUGUGGCUUUUAUUAGAGAGUAUGGACUGUUAAAACUGGACGCUAAAGACAUUAGUGAAAGUACUAUGGCACCCAAAUACAGAAAAGAUUUUUGCAUUCUUGCUCUCAAGCUAAUUCAGUGUCCUGAUAUGGAGUUUAAGGAACUGGAAGCUCUUCUAACUGAUGGAAGAUAUAAUUUAUUAAGCGUUCAUCUUCAGAAUUUUUGUGUCAGGCUUCAAAGUAUAUAUGUAAAUGGAAUCAAUGCUUUAAUGGACUGUGUAACCUCAACCAUUGAUAAAUUGAUGAUUGAACAAAGUGAAACCCUUCCUUGUGUUAUAACGAGAUGCAGUGUUCUAGGUUUCUAUUUGCGAAGAAUAAUGUUAUAUUUGGAUAAGCUUACUUUUGUACAAGUUGCAUCACUCUAUAAGUCUUUCUGUAUUUAUUAUCAAAAAGGGAGGCCCGGGCUAAUGAUGAGAUCUUUAAGUAAAGAGAAACUUAAUAAUGUUGAGGUUCCAACAUUAGCAGCUGCCACAUCUCUUGUUGUGCCAGAAGAAUCAAAAUCUCAGGAGAUGCUUAUGAAGAUGAAUAUAAUUGAGAGAGAUAAGUAAGUGUUCUUUUUUUACACAUUUGAAGAAAAUCAGUGGUCCAGAAAACAAGCAGAACUAUUUACAGCUCAACAGGCUAAUUUAAUGCAAAUCAAUGAGAAGAAAGCAAUGCCAGCCAAGCAGCUCCAAAAAGUAAUUAUGCAGAUAAUGAAUGAUAUUCCUGAAUACCCUGAUAUUCAUUUCCUUAGUUUUUUAAAUUGCAUCAGAAUGAAGGAAUUUUGUGGUGCACAAGACUCACUUUAUAAUUGUUUUGAUCGUGCUGUCUUUAAUAUGUGUGGUGGAAAUAUAGCAAACGACAGAAAUAAGAAUUUUCGAUAUGCAGCACUUAACAGAGCAGCAAUGCAUACACAUUUUGGUCAUAAGGCGGUGGCGAUGGAGGGCGUGCGCGAGGCGCUGGCGACGGCGCAGGAGGCGGCGGACGGCGCGUGCCUGGCGCACGCGGCGGCGUGGGGCUCGCUGGCGGGCGGCCGCGCGCGCCGCGCCGCGCUGCUGGCGCGCGUGCCGCGCCCGCCGCGCGCCGCCGCCUCCGCCGUGCAGCUCAUGGCGCAGCACGCGGCCGUCAACGCCGCGCGACCCGCCGAGGUCUUUCAGAUUAUCACCAAAGGCGACACUAUUAAUUACCUCCAUUCUAUGACCGAUUUAACGAUGGCCGGCCUAGCGAACACGGCUGCGUUGUGGGGCCUUUAUGGAAAAACAGAAAUGGCUUCAAUAAAUUGUCAGCUACUCUUAAAUUUGAACACUAAGUGCAACGUGGGCAACGGCAGCGUGUGGCAGACAGAGGGCGGCGCUGCGGGUGCGGGUGCACUGUGCGCGGCGGCGUGGCGCGGGCGCGGCGCGCUGGCGGCGGCGCUCGCCUCGCUGUUCGGCGCGCCGCAGGUGCUGGCCGCCGCCGCCACGCACCGCGCCGCCGCCGCGCUGAGGGCCGAUAAGUGGGAGGAAGCAGAUCAAAGUAUACGACAGUUAGCUACCUAUGAUCGAUGGGAAAGUCAGCUAUUAAGAGCCGAAAUGUAUUUCUUGAAAGGAGAUGCGACAGAUGCUCUAGAAACUCUCCACGACAUUUUAGAUUAUUGUAAAACUGAGGACGACAGUUUACAUUACAUGUCGUUACGAAUAAAAGCUAUGAUAAUGAUGUCAGAAGUACAACACACCUUCAGCAGCGUUCGUUCUACAAAUAUUAUGCUCCUAAAUGAAGCCUUGUCGUUGGCAAAGAAAUACAAUUUACAUUUUCUAGCCGCUACAGCAGAAAUGCAUAUUGCAAACGUUCAACUUCAUAUGGGAUGUACAAAAAACGCUUUGCUGCUAGUCAGAAAAGUAUUACCACUCAUUAUGGAGCACGGAAGCGCUUACGAUAUGGCCAGAGGCCUGCUGCUGUACAGCAAGUGCCGCGUGGCGACGGCGCCGCCUGCGGGCGAGGCGCGCGCGCUUGUGCUGCAGGCGUGCUGCGACGCGCUCGACACCGUCAAGGACAACUUCGCCAAGGUCGGCGCCCAGGCGCGCCUGCUGCACACCUGGUACCUGCAGGCUCAACUGUAUAAUGAUAUUGGAAACACCGUAGCUCGAAACCAGUGUGCUUGGAUGUAUAGGCAGCUUGAGACACAAAACCCCGUUAAACCAGUAAAUAUGUUACAUAUUAUUUAUUAAAAUGUGUUGUUACUGGAAAUUAGCUA